AUGCAGGUAUGCAAGUUGCGCAGGGAUAGGAACAGCGCAGAUGUGAAAAAUGAACUAGAUAGGGUGAAAGCUCAGCUAUCCAUGAAAGAGAAAGAAAAACGAGAUUGUCAAUGUAUUGUAAAUUCAUUGAGAGAGACUCUGGAUCUACGUAACGCCACUAUAGAAUCACUCCAGAAAACUGUUUCUGACGUGGAAAUGCUGUGUUCUACACUCAAGAAACAAAUGAGAUAUUUAGAACAGGAACAAGAAGAAACAAAGAGUGCAAAAGAAGAAACUCAAAAAUUACGAAGGAAGGUGAAAUCUAUGGAGAGAAUUGAGGCACUGUUGCAGGGUCAGCGUUCCCAAGUAGAAGAGAUGAUCCGUGAAAUGGGAGCAGGGCAAGCAGCAGUAGAACAGCUUGCAGUCUAUUGCAUCUCUCUGAAAAAGGAGUAUGAAAGUCUGAAGGAGUCCCAGAAAGCAUCAAAUGAUACAGUCGAAAAACUGAGAAAGGAGUUGUUUUCUGCUAAUCAUAAGCUCCAGAAAAUUGUUCUAGAGUUGGGGAAAACAACUGAAGAACUGAGAAAUACACAGACAGAUCUGAGAAAUGCAGAUAAGGAGAUUAUGAGUUUGAAAAAAAAGAUAGGAGUGCUACAAGAUACCAUAAAAGUGCCAUCGUUAACCAGUGAAGCACUUAGCCGGCUUGUCUCUGAAAGCCCUGCUCCUGCACAGUUUCUGAAUCCAAAGUUUCAUCAACCUGUUCACAAUGAUGAGAUUGACCUUAAUGCUACCUUUGAUGUAGAGACUCCAAAGCCUCACAAGACAGCUGUUGCUCCUGCCAAAAAAAUCAAGCUAGAUAAAAACCCGGCAUCUGUGACAAAUUUAUCAAGAGUUCUGAAAGGAACAAUGGAGAACUGCUCUACUGACACAGAUGAUGAGCAUCUAGAAGAUCUUUUACCUUCUUUUAUAAGAAAGUCAGUCCUGACUAAGAAAACUGUUCUAAAAAGCAAACCCCAGAAAAAUACAGGAAUUGUAAGAAUUGGGUAUGAUGGCUUAGGAGGCAGAACUAAGUUCAUUCAACCUACUUUUCCAACAGAGAUUCGGCCCUUGACUAUGAAAAGCAAGAAAAGAACUGUUUCAAAGCAAACAGAAAUAAUACCUUCUGCUUCUGGCAUCAAUCAGACUAAACUAGACAACUUCCUUAAGUAAAUAUGGAUCUCCUCAGAGUAAGCACUGAACCUGGAUCAUCUUCUACAUUGGCUACCAUAGAUGUGUCAGCACAAGUGCAAGUGAAGACUGCUGGUCUCCCUAUUGUUCUUUAGUCAUCAGCUGAUUUAUUAUGCUGAUGUAUAUUAUUUAUUAUGUUGCCAAUCUAUGGACAGGAUGGAAUUGAAGUUUCAGUUCUAAAAUCCUUUAGCCAGUUUUUCUGGGUUACUGCUCUACUCCUUAUAAAUUAUGAUUUGGGAGUAUUAAUUUAUACUAAGGACACCAACAGCUCUGUUUACAAAUGAAUUAUCCACAUCUUCUUACUUCAUAUUAGAAGAGAAUUUUCUCUGCAGCUGUCAAGCUGUAUUAGUGUCUUGAAUGAUGAAGAAAAGAAAUAUUCAAGAAAAGAACUUCAUUUAUAUCUUUUGCCUAUAGAUAUAAAGGAUUGGGGGGAAAGAGCAAUAGGCUUAGAGGA